UGUUUUUGGCUAAAACGUAAUUCUUUCAGUAUAUUGAAAUUCAAUGAAAUCAAAAUCUCACUGAAAGUUAAAAGCACUCACACCUGAAUUAGAGAGAGGCUGCUGCUCUGUCCUUUGUGAAUUGUGUCUAUUGGUUCUGAAUCUAGUCAUGCGACUACAUGGAGAGACGUCAUGCAUUCAGGCAACUUUUGAACUAUAAAGGGGCAUCAUCAUGUACUCAAAGUGUGAUGCCUUCUCUUUUGGCUCUUGCUGAGGGGCAUCUCGAGUCAUGGCUGUAUGCCCUGCUGAAGUGCACGGGCAAAAUUUCGUGUUUUGACCCUUUUUACAAAGAAAUUCGAGAUCUGACCCCUGUCUGAAACUAUUUCAGGAUCUGACCCUUUUGACUACCGCCAGGAGGGCCGGCGGUAGGUUUGCACGUCCUACCGCCAUCAUCAGUGGCGGUAGGCCCUCUAACGGCGACUGACAGCCGUCGGCGCGUACUGACGGGGGAAAGGGCCUACCACCACAGUCUGAGGCGGUAGGGUUCGGUGGCCUACCGCCCGAGGUAGUGGCGGUAGGUACCGAAGAGGCAAGUGAUGCUGCGGGCGGGCCCUACCCCACCCACCAGCCCGUUCUUCCUCCUCCCCUCGACUCGAACAGAGUCGAGCGCCGCCUCUCUCCUCAUCCCGAUCCCCUCCCUCGAUCUUCCUCUUCCCUCCACCAUUCUCGCGGAUCUUUGGGGCAAAUCGAAGAGGCCGGAACAUGGCGCCACCACCACCACUUGAUGAGGAUGAUGACUAUGAAGACCCACUUGAGGAAGCCAUCUGUGCUCAAAGAGUGAGGCUGAGCGAACGGGAGGUGUGCAACCUAUGGGACAACUUUCUGCCACGUGCUGAGUUGAUCGGGGCGCCAUUCGUGACCCGUCUGACAAGUACCAUGAUCGAUCGACAUGUCAUGAGCCUAUCUGAGAGUUGUGGCAUCGAGGCUGAUGAAGAAGGCUAUGCUGGAAUACGCCUUACCGCAAGGGGCCCCGUCACUACUUGUGCGUACGGCGUGGAAACGGACGGUCGCACACAUUUAAGCACAGAUGGGUGGAAGAGCUUCCUCGUUGACAAGAAUCUUCAUGUUGGACAGGCCAUCCUUAUUACUAUCAGGAAGACCAACCGUCAAGGCUUGAAGAUGAUGAUCGUCAUCGAUAUCAUCUAAACUAUAUAUGCGUGUGGCUGCUGAUGAUCGUCAUGUUUGAUUGCUACCUAUUUUGGCUUCGUGAAACUAUUUGGAUGUGAUCAAACUAUGUUAUGUUUAUGUCUAUGAAAUUGUGAUCAAACUAUGUUAUGUUUA